UAUCAGCUUACAGACAUGCAGUGACCAAAAUUGACUGACUGAGAUAAAGUGCCACGAUGGCGUUUCUUCUUUUUAUAACAUAUCUAACUUUAUAUUUGCAAUUAUCAUUUGGAUUUCUUUUUCAAGAUUCUGCAGACCUGGACUUUCGGAAUGGAACGUUGAUUGGCACGGUUCAAGACAGCAGAGUUGUAAAAGUUUCAGGAUGUGCAGCUAGUCGCAAACAUCCGGGUAUCUUGUACAUCCACAACGACCAUCAUCACGCAGGCUCCACCGUAUUUGCAAUAGACGCAACGACAGCUCAAGUGGUCGGGAGUAUUACUUUGACUAAUGCCGUGAAUGCUGAUUGGGAAGACAUAGCUGUCGGUCCUUGUCCGUUCCGAGCGGGAUUAACAUGUAUAUUUAUAGGUGACAUCGGCACGGACAAAGGACACCCGGCAGCGGAUAAUGUGUAUUUGAUUGCAGAGCCAGAUUCGGUUAAAGGAAACCACAAUAUAACGUACGAGAAGAUACUACAAUACAGUUCCGACGAGCUAGGUUCUGACACUCUCAUGGUGGACUCUAAUGGCGAGCUUUACAUGAUAGCAAUACAAAGAGGGGGUAAUGGCGGAUAUUACCACAUUCCUAAAAGCGCUUGGAAUACAAACAACAGAGUUUCCUAUAACAGCAAGUGGUCACAUGGAUUUGAACACAGGUCACGAAAAAGAUCCGGUGGCCGGUGACAUUUCUCCGGACGGAACGGCUUUGCUUGUGAAAACCCAACAACACAUGUUGCUAUGGAGAUUUGAUGUAAAACAUUGGGCAGAUAUGUUCCAACGUCAACCUCAGAUGGUUCCCUAUACCUACGUUUGGCAAGAUGAGGCUGUGUGCUGGAACCAUGAUGGCACGGGAUACUACACCAUUCCCGAGGGCACUAACCCACCGUUACAUUUUUAUCCAAGCACUAAAUCAGGUUAGAGGAUUAAAUCAUGGAUCAAUAUACAAUACAAUUUCAAUUUAUAUAGUUGUGAUGUAUUGUUAUAUUUUUUGACCUAUUUUGUGCUGCUACCGUCGUCUCCUUGGUAUCAACACUUUAGGCCCCUCAGCAUCACUGACGAGAACGAAACAGCUUUAUGGCGCAGUUUAAUUAAUUAUAGGCUUUACUGUAACAGAUUUACAGUUUGUAUUCAAAGGUCUUAUAUCUUAUGUAUUCAAAUGUGUACAAUCCGUUGGGAUUGCAGUUGGUAGAAUCUUCUGGUGGACUGUUGUUCCAAGGUUUCCUGUUAUCAGCAUGAUACGCUUUUAUUCAUUUGGAAAACGGCACGGUUCAUAAAAAUACACAUUUGUUAUAAGCAAUUGACAAUUACGAAAUGUAUUGAAUUACAGAGAUGUUGCACCUCCCCCGUCCAUAGUUUGACAUGUCUUUAGACCUAUCUAGAGUUAAUUCCCUCCGACGCCUCCUACGUUUCAACACUUGAUACUAUUAUUACAAUUACUCUAACUCAAAAUGUGAAGGUGCUACUAUGUCAUAUAUAAUAUUGUACUCUGAAGGCAAACGAUAGAAGGGUUGCACCGUAUAAAUGAGCAACCACCUUUAAAGGAAAAUGGUGGAUUGUCAUGUUAAGCUCUCUUAACCUGUAUUGCGCAAUACCAAUAAUUAAUUGAAUGUGAGUGAGUAGUAUAUGUUAUCUAGUUUCUAACAUUGUUAGAUGUUUAUAAUUUCAUGAAAUAAAAAUUGUUUGAACUGCUCUUUGAACAA